AUGAUAAUUAUUACAGGUAUUGAAAAUAAUAAUACUCAAGGAAUAAGUACUACUGAACGAUUAAUUGUUGCCAAAAAAUCGGCAGUACCACCAGUACUUACGCUAUCAUCUACAAUUCCACGAGAUCUAUGGACAAAUAAAGUUGAAUUUCUUCUAUCAGUUAUUGGUUAUGUCGUUGAUCUUGGUAAUGUUUGGCGAUUUCCAUAUACAUGUUAUGAAAAUGGUGGUGGUGCAUUUCUAAUUCCAUAUAUAAUUUUUUUAUGUCUUCUUGGAAUUCCAAUGCUUUAUCUCGAAUUAUUUCUUGGUCAAUUUUAUCAUUGUGGUAAUAUAACAUUAUGGGGACGAAUAGCUCCAUCAAUGAAGGGUAUUGGUAUAGCAUCAUUCUUAAUUGUGACUGCUGUUACAUUAUUCUAUACAACUAUCAUCGCACAUGCUGUUUUUUAUCUACUUGCAUCAUGUCGUGCAAUAAUGCCAUGGAGUUUAUGUACACAUUCAUGGAAUACACCACUUUGUUCAGAACGUCUACGUAAAGAACCUAUAAAUAAUCAAACUAUUCAAGAAAAUUGUUUUAAUCGAACAACAUUAUUAUGUAUUAAUGAAUCAAAAAUUUCAUCAGCUGAAGAAUAUUAUAAUAUAUUUGUAUUAGGUAUAAAUCGUUCAAAAGGUUUAACUGAUUUAGGUUAUAUUAAAAUUGAUUUACUUUUAUGUCUUAUAUUAAUAUUUAUACUUAUGUAUAUAUGUAUUUAUCGUGGAGUUAAAAGUACAGGCAAAGCUGUUUAUGUAACAGCUAUAUUACCUUAUAUUGUUUUAAUAAUAUUACUUGUUCAAGGUCUUACUUUAGAAGGUUCACAAAAUGGUGUAAGUUAUUUUUUAAAACCAACAUUUGAAAAAUUAAAAGAUCUCAAAGUUUGGUAUUCAGCAGCAAAUCAAAUAUUUUUUACACUUGGUUCUGGUUUAUCGGUUUUAACAACAUAUGGUUCCUAUAAUAUAUCAACAAAUAAUUGUUAUUAUGAUGCAUUAAUUGCUGUUAUAGCAAAUUUUGUAGCAAGUUUUCUUGCUGGUUUUGUUGUAUUUUCUGCCUUAGGUCAUAUGGCAUGGCGACUAAAUAAAGAUGUUAAAUAUGUUGUUGAUCCAGGAUCAAGUUUAUCAUUUAUAGCUUAUCCAGAAAUUUUAGCAACAUUUAAAUAUCCAACAUUUUUUUCAAUAUUAUUUUUUUUAAUGGUUAUUAAUUUAGGACUUGAUAGUGAUUUUGGUGGUUUAGAAGCUAUGUAUACAGCAUUAAGUGAUGAAUAUUUCGUAUUAAAACGUCAUAGAAAUUUAGGAAUGUUUAUUAUGUGUUGUAUACUAGUUAUUGCUUGUUUACCAACAGUUACACACGGUGGAAAUUAUGUUGUACAAUUUUUGGAUAAAUUUUCAACGGGUACAGCAUUAAUGCUUGUUGUUAUGAUGGAAGCAAUUGCUGCAAGUUGGGUCUACGGGAUUAACAAUAUUGCCUAUGAUAUUCAAUUACAUCUUGGCUUUCAACCAAAUUAUUUUUUUCGUUUUACUUGGAAAUUUUUAUGUCCAAUUAUUAUCACUUUAUUAAUAAUAUUUUCAUUAAUUUCUUCAGAUAAAUUAAUAUAUGGAAAUUAUAUAUAUCCAUCAUGGUCAAUUAUAUUUGGUUGGUGUUUUAAUAUGUCAUUAAUAUUACCGAUACCAAUCAUUAUAAUUUAUGUAUUUAUACGUUAUUCUGAUCCUGAAAAAUCCUUAAAAGAACGUAUUUAUUUUUUAUUUGUACCAACUAUAACAAAACAAAAAUUAAAACGAGAAAUUGAACAGCAAAAUGCAUUUGUUUCGUCAUCAUUAUCACCUAUGUCACAUGUUUAA